UUUUCAGGAGAAAAUGUAUACCGAAGUCCGCGAGCUCGUCAAUUUUGUGUGCAGAUACUUAUUUGGACAUAUUCCAAGAAGACCGGUCGGCAUAUUUGGCGCUGAACUUGGAAACUACCUCGUCUCACAUUUCUCGUCUACCUGGGAUGUUCAUCAUCCGAAAAAUGGUGAGAUGAAGCGAAUGAUUAACACAACCACUUCUUUAUGCUUUGCAAGUUCUGCCGAAGAAGCUGGAGUCCCUCCGAGUGAUGUUCUGCGUCUACUUCCAACAAACAUGAUCAUUUUUGCCAAUCCGGGCCACGUCUUCGUUCGUUUAUCGGAGAACGGAAUCGAAACACCGAUUUGGAUUGGAGAUGUGAACUGCGAUGAGAACUACCAAUCAGUCCCCGAGUACGUGGUCAGAACCGCUGCAAUCCGCGCGGAGCCUUGCUCGAAUCUUGGAGCAGCUGGGAAAUCGGUUCUUGUUGGAAAAAAGCCGCUUCUCACCAACGACAAAGCUGCUCUCGAAAUGGUCAACACAAUGUAUUCUCCAUUGGCGCGAGAGAAAUGUGAUGAUAUCAACGCAAAUCUCUCUCAUCUUCGGGAGAUGUAUCCAUUCCGCUUCGUCUACAAGCCGUCAUCUGCUCAAACCUUCAGUGGCGUUGAGUUCUCACAGACUCGUUUCGGAUCUAGCAAAUCUCGUCCGGAUCUUCAGACAAUGGAUGUCAUCAAGUACCUCAGCUCUCAGCAAGUUUCGUCUUCGUCUUCGCCAAGCUUCACCUAUUCAAGCAUCAACGACCAAAUGAGAUAUUCUCCCCGUUUUUAAUUUCCCAGUAUUAGAAUCUCAAUUAUCAUACCGUUUUCAAGUUAACCAAGUUUUAUUUUUAGAAUCUUUAGAUUCCCACGAAAGCUUCAUAUCAUGUACUAUUGAAUCGUGUUUUUAUUAUUUUUGUCAAUUUAUUUUUUAUAUUGUUCUUCAGUUUAUUCCAUUCAGGAAUAAAUAAGCCACAGUUUAAAAA